AUGUCCCGCCUGCUGCAUGCCGAAGAGUGGGCUGAAGUGAAGGAGUUGGGGGACCACUAUCGCCAUCCCCAACCGCACCACCACCCGCAGCCACCGCCGCCCCAGCCACCUGCGACCUUGCAGGCCAGAGAGCAUCCCGUGUACCCGGCGGAGCUAUCCCUCCUAGACAGUACCGACCCACGCGCCUGGCUGGCUCCCACUUUGCAGGGCAUCUGCACGGCACGCGCCGCCCAGUACUUGCUACAUUCCCCGGAGCCGGGUGCCUCGGAAGCCGCGGCGCCCCGGAAAGAGGCGGAAGGCCGUGGGGAGCUGAUAAGGAGGAGCAGCGGCGGCAGCGGCAGCAACAAGAGUCCCGGGGCAGUGAAAGUGCGGGAACAGCUGUGCAAGCUGAAAGGCGGCAUGGUGGUGGACGAACUGGGCUGCAGCCGCCAGCGCGCCCCUUCCAGCAAACAGGUGAACGGGGUGCAGAAGCAGAGGCGGCUGGCAGCCAACGCCAGGGAGCGGCGCAGGAUGCACGGGCUGAACCACGCCUUCGACCAGCUGCGCAACGUUAUCCCGUCCUUCAACAACGACAAGAAGCUGUCCAAGUAUGAGACCCUGCAGAUGGCCCAAAUCUACAUCAACGCCUUGUCGGAGCUGCUGCAAACGCCCAGCGGCGGGGAGCAGCCGCCGCCACCGCCCUCCUCAUGCAAAAGCGACCACCACCACCUUCGUGCCUCUGUCUCCUACGAAGGUGCCGCGGACACUGCAGUCUCAGCGGGGGCUCCGCCGGCUUCCGGAGGGGGGCAGCGGCCCACGCAACCCGGGAGUUGCCGGACUCGCUUCUCAACCUUGGCCCCCUCAGGAGGAUACUCGAUGCAGCUGGACACUCUGCACUUCUCAACUUUCGAGGACAGCGCCUUGACGACAAUGAUGGCGCAAAAGAACUUGUCGCCUUCGCUGCCCGGGGGCAUCCUGCAACCGGUGCAGGAGGAAAGUAGCAAAACUUCACCCCGGUCCCACAGAAGCGACGGGGAGUUUUCCCCUCAUUCCCACUACAGUGACUCGGAUGAGGCAAGUUAG